GUCGAUAGUUCCGCGGUCACACUGUCUCACAUGCCGGCCGCCGCCGUAAAUAAAAACUAUAUUUUCAUAUAACGCACAUAAAGGACUGCAAAAUGAUGCCAGCCAUACCGCCCGAGAAUAUACUGAACCGCGUUCUGUUGGUGCUGCGAUAUCCCCCAGUGGAGCGGGUGCACGAGCUGAUCAUGCUUAUGGAACGCUGCUCCCUGCGGGAACUGCAGGAGAUAUUUCCCCACAUAGUGCACCAUAUGUUUGGGGUGAAUGGCAAUCCCCUGGGAUGGGGACUGCGCACGACGACACCGGAGAGCGGAAUUAAUGUGUACAAAAUACUGGAACAGUUCUUUGGCAUGCGCGGCACCUGGAUGAUCGUGUGCCACAGGCUGUUGGCCGAGCAGGCCAAGUUCGACAUUGACAUCAGCCUGUUGCCGGGGAAAAUGGUCACAAUGCUGCAAACGGGCCAGAGUCCCCUGUUCUACACGGAUCUGCUCAACAUUGAUCCACAGACGCACCAGUUGGUGUCGCUGUCCCUCAAUAGCUUCGACUUCUACAUGGUUCACUUCGUGUUGCACGGACUGCAGCCGCUUCACAGCAUCGAUCCCGUGGCCAUGCAGAUCCACAACACGCGAAGCAAGACCGUCUAUCUGCUGCUGGUGAGCGAGUACCUGAACAACUUUCUGCCUCUCUUUCCGGACGCACGCAUCGAGCCGAGCUACUUAGGUGCUCAAGGCAUCAAGGCACCGCAGCCCCUGCCCACGCAGUCGCUGCAGCCGCUGCGCCAGCCACGCUACAUUAAGAUCCCCAGCUCCUACCGCAAUGGCAACAGCUCUGGCGGUGGCAGUGGUGGCCCUGGAGGCGGGAACAUCUCGCCACAGUCGAUGUCAGCCAGUGUCACUGCCGCCCGCAACUAUGCCUGGCGCUCGGAGUCGGUCCUUCACUUCUUUUCUGACAUCUGGCUACGCUUCGAUGUGGAGACUGAGCAUCAUCUGCCUGGCAGCGACUGGGUGCGCGCCGUCCGCACCCUAGUCAAACAGAUUCACUUCUUCGCCAGCGCUGCCCAGGCGGACCACGGCUCGCUCUGUUCCCUGCGCAAGCUGUCCCUAAUCAUUGUGAAGGGGCGCAUAUAUGCCUUCCUCUCAGGUCUGAUUGAUCGCUGGCCGCUGGACAGUUCCCUGCUGGUGGUCCUCGAACUGUGGCUCAGCUACAUCCAGCCAUGGCGAUACACUAUGGCCACCCUCAACAGCAGAGUUUCCGGCCACAGCUACAAGCCUGCCAUAACGUCCGCCUACGAUGCAUUCAUCAUGGACAAUCUGAUCGUUUACACGCACAUCUUCAUGCAGCUGCUGCCGCACUUUGGGCGCCUGGAUUACACGGUGUACCGCAAUUGCCUCAUGCUCAACCGCCUGGCCAUCACAUUCGGCGAUCCGGAUCUGGUGGAUCGGCUGCUGCGCUUCGAGCGCUUACACUCUGGAAACUCCUAUGGAUUCGAAUCGCCACUGCGUCAGACGCACUUGCUAAACAAAUCUCCGCCGCAGAGUGCCCAAUGGUCGAGCAUGCCCAAACUCUUCAGCGACAUCAUGCGCAUGGAAAUGGAGAACUUUUUGUUUGUCAUCAGCAUGGCGCGGAACCAGGUGCUGCGGGAGGUUUCGCGCCUGCGAAUGGAGAUCUUGGAGAAGCAGCGCUUGGAGGGAUUCCUCAAGAACUUCUUGCACAGAAUGUGGCACGAGCCGAGCCAAGACGAGACGCUGCUGGCCGAUGUGUCCCGUGUGCCGGAGGUGUUGCGCCAGUGCAUCGAUUAUCUCUGUCGAUCGUUUCAUGUGGAUCAAGCGAAUCUCUCCAUGCAUGAGACGCUGCCCGAGGAGUGUAUCUCGCCGCCUUCCAUCUCGGCAAACAAUCGCAGCUUCUUCAAUACCAGCGACUCCCUGAUGGACACCUCAAGGCUUAACCCACGACAGAUGUCACUGAAUGCCUCGAACUUGACGGCCGCCAUCGAUCCUGCGCUCCUGCCCAUCCAGACCGGGGAGAUUACGUAUUUGGUCAGACAGCUGCACACGAUAUCGAAUGCGAUUAACCAAAAGUACAAAAUCCAAUUGCAAUCCUGCUACGAACGUCAGGAUUUCCUUGGCAGCCUCACGCGACAACUGCUCCUGGCUCCAAUGAUCGAGCAGUGGUUCGAUAAGCGGGACGGCAACACGGACAUUUGGGAGCGGACGGUCACGGCGCGUGUCUCGCUGCGGCCUCUGGCCUCCCUCUCCGUUCUGUCCGUUGUGGCCUGCUUCAUGGUCAUGGCAUUCGUGUUCCUCGGAUCUGCUCUGAAGGGGCUUGGCAUCCUCGUCGCCCUGUUCAUAGGCUACAUCCUGCUAAUGGCGCUCUGUUGGCCCUGAAUUGUUCGUUGUCGUCUGAGAUUUAUAUAUUUGUAUAAAACUAAAGAGAAACUA